AUGUGUAAUGUACCGCCAAAGUUCUACACCCUGUGCCGACUGUGCCUGACGACGAUCCGGGACUGCGAUCUGCCCGAGGCGACGGUGAGCUUUCGCGAACCAACCAUCCGGCACCGGCAGCGAAAUGGCCGGCACCAUCAUCAGCCACAACAGCACACGCAGCAGGAUCAUGAGCACGAGCUGAUGCAUCAGCAGCUCCCGAUCGUGGAGUGCAACGUUGAGAUAAUCUGCACCGAGGAUGAACCUGCUGGUGGCAGCGCAACAGAAGCAGCCAACGAUGGCGGUGGUGGUGGAGCUGGCGAGACGGACGGUGUGGAUGCGCAGCAAAAGGACGAGCAAAGUAAGGACAGCGCAGCAAGUGCCCUUCCGAUCCGUUCGGCCAAUGGGGCUGGCAGCAAAAUGAGCAGCAGCGGCACAAAUAGUGACGAAGAUGAUGAAGACUUCGAAGAUGACGACGUGUUCAGUGCCGGCAACAUGUGUCCUGAUCUUCCGAAUCGGAUAUGGACGUGUCUCGCAAUAAAGCUUACCCCCGAGGAUGGUUUGCCAACGGUUGUGUGUAGUUCCUGUCGCGAUCAGCUGGAAUCCUGCCAUCGGUUCCGUCGGGUGGCUCACAGGACGCAGAAAUCACUGCAGAGCUACCUCAGCUACACAGCGGCGCUCGGUGGAAGUGAACAGGAGAUACUGACGGAAUCUUCCGAGAAGUUGGAACACUUGAUUGCUUCAUCGCCGGCGACGCUCGCGCUGAAAGCGUCAGCCGAACAGGACGCGAUCGCAGCCCUGCAAGCCCUGCGCAACAAUAACAAUCAUACAAAAUCAGUUACCUCAGUACUUAGUAAAACGCAUCUACAAAACCUGGAAGCAAAUGCCGUAUCUGUGAUCCCCAUCGAGAGUAUGAAACUUACUUCCACCGGCGUACUCCACCAGCCGACAACCAUCAUCCAUCAGCAGCAGGAGCAUCAGCAACAGCAGCAACAGCCCCAGCAACCGCUGCAGCUGUUCCAGCAGCAGAACCACCAACCAAAGCAGCCGCUGAUUCAGGUGCGCAAUCUGACGCAGCUGCAGAAGGAGCACCUCGAGACGGCCGCGGUGUUGAUGGACAUCAGCAAGAAGGCCAUCAUCUCACCGCCGAGCUCGAACCCUCAGUCACCUAGCCUGCUCGCCGAGCAGAAGCAGCAGCAACAGCAGCAGCAUUCGCAACAGUAUCAACUUGUGACUAAUAACAAUCAGCAAACGCAGCAACCGCAAAGUAUUAAAUCUUCUGUGAUAAAGCAGCCACACGAAUACCUUCUGAACAAUCUGAAGCGCAGCCCAAGCAGCGAAGAGAUGGACCUAACGAUGAAACGCGUCAAGGUGGAGCCGAAUGUGGUGCUGUCGCCCACGGUACCGGCCACCACGCUGGUGAAGAAGAACAUCAUCAAGCGGGAGACGAUCGAGCACCUGGCGGCAGCCGUUGCCGAUGACCAGGCCAGCCAGCACAGCGACAGUGUGGAUAGCAGCGAUUCCGGUCGGCUUCAGAUGGACAUAUCCUCGCAGGACGCGCACUCCGAGUGUGCUGGGGACGAGCUGAAGCUGCGCAACAGCCUGCACCUGAACAACAACAACCACCUCCACCAUCACCAGCAGCAGAUGGAUCAGCUUGGGCGCGAAACGCCGGACAGCAUGAACUCCAUCGAGGAGCACCACCAGCAGGCGGCAGCCGCUGCCGUCGCUGCCGCUGUCCAUCAGAUUCCGUUCGGUUUGACCGAUGCGACUGACCCGGCGGUGGCACAGCUUUGGCAGGCGUUGGCACAGAAUACGAAUCUCAUCGUGAAUGGCGGCGGCAACGAAGCGACCGCGUUACUGAGGAAAAUGAUUAAUGCUCGCAAUCUCGGCAUCCAGUUUGCUCCGUCGGUAGUUCCAGUCGGUACGGGGCUCGCGUUGCUCAAGCAAAAUGACAUCAGUCGGCUCAAUCAAACCGGGCAAAGUGGCCGCCGAAAACAGUCCUGCCCCAGCCGAACGCCCGUCGAUGGUAACUCCCCGAAUGCGUCCCUCGACAACAACGGCAUGAAUGGCAGUGCUGGAGGUGUUGGUGGUGGUGCAACCUUAAAACUCGCCACAGGCAAGGGUUCAUCUGGUGGAAAUGUCCUAUUCCGGGUCGCUGAACACUCGCACUCGGUGAAAGCCCCAUCGCAAGGUGGUGCAGCCCGAUCCGAGACGAACAGUACCGCAUCCGGUAACAGCAGUCCCCAGCUACUACUCACAAAGUCCGCGGUGGUACAAUCCAGUCCACAACAACAGCAGCAACAAUCACCCCAACAGCAGCAGCAGCAAAACUCCCAGCAAAAGGACAUGUCGUGCACGAACUGCGGCACCACGACGACAACCAUCUGGCGACGGAACAUACGUGGUGAGAUGGUGUGCAACGCAUGUGGGCUCUACUUCAAGCUGCACGGCGUGAACCGGCCGCACACGAUGCGUCGUGACACUAUCCACACGCGACGGCGCCGUCCGAAGGGCGAUAAAAGCACACGAAGGAAAUCUGUCAAGCAGGAUAGCGGCGAGAUCGUAGACAAUGGAGUGGAAACGGCAGUAGAUUUGCAAACGUUGCAAAACCAGCUGAUAGCACUGCACGACGCCACCCGCGGCACGCCGAACAACUUUAGCAUGCCACCUGUCUUUCAGCAUUAUCUGCGAGCGACGCAAAACUUCGAUCCGAACGGGAGCGGUGAGCUGCUGGUAGGUGACGGUGGUGAAGAUAGCGGCCCCGAGAAUGAUCUGGACUCGUGCAACCUGCCGCUCAACCUGGUGGCAACACAGCUGGGCAGCGAUUCGUCGCAACACUGA